UGUCUCCUCUGCACCGGCCCCCGCGGAGGAGCCAGGCGGCAGCACCGACGCCACCACCGCUGCAUCUCCUGCCCGAAGCACGUUGGUCCACGCUCCCCCGGCUCCCACGUACUGGGAACGGCAGCGCGGACAGCCCCGGGGUGGUGGUGCGCCCUGCGCACGCCCAGGGCGGUGUGAGCUGACCUGCGCUCCUUCUGGGCACUGGAGGCUGCCGGGGAGGACUGCGUGGGAGAGGACGCAGAGACGCAGGGGCAGCCGGACCAGAGUGACGAGCUGCGCACCUGGAAAGUUACACGACUGUCUGGUCCUUGAGCAAAAUGGGAAAUGGUUCAGUGAAACCCAAACAUCCCAAGCAUCCCGAUGGCCAAUCCGGGACCCUCACUGCCGAUGCCCUACGGAACAAGGUGACAGAGCUGGAGAGAGAGCUGAGGAGGAAGGAUGCCGAGAUCCAGGAGCGGGAGUACCAUCUGAAGGAACUGCGGGAGCAGCUCUCGAAGCAGACUGUGGCCAUUGCUGAGCUCACGGAGGAGCUCCAGAACAAGUGCAUCCAGCUGAACAAGCUUCAGGAUGUGGUGCACAUCCAGGGAGGAAGCCUGCUGCAGGCCUCUCCAGACAAAGUGCCUCUGGAGGUCCACCGGAAGACCUCGGGAUUGGUCUCCCUCCACAGCAGGAGGGGGGCAAAGGCUGGGGUGUCUGCUGAGCCAACCACCCGUACCUAUGACCUCAACAAACCCCCUGAAUUUUCCUUUGAGAAAGCAAGAGUCAGAAAGGACUCCAGUGAGAAGAAGCUCAUUACAGAUGCUCUUAAUAAUAAUCAAUUUCUGAAGAGACUGGAUCCUCAGCAGAUCAAAGACAUGGUGGAGUGCAUGUAUGGAAGAAACUACCAGCAAGGGAGUUACAUUAUCAAGCAAGGAGAGCCAGGAAACCACAUCUUUGUGCUGGCAGAGGGCCGAGUAGAGGUGUCCCAAGGGGAGAAAUUGCUGCCAUCCAUUCCUAUGUGGACCACGUUUGGAGAACUAGCCAUUUUAUACAACUGUACAAGGACUGCAUCUGUGAAAGCCAUUACCAAUGUGAAGACUUGGGCACUAGAUCGAGAGGUAUUCCAGAAUAUAAUGAGAAGGACAGCUCAAGCUAGAGAUGAAGAGUACAGAAACUUCCUCAGAAGUGUAUCGUUACUGAAGAAUUUACCUGAAGACAAAUUAACCAAGAUCAUUGACUGCUUGGAAGUGGAAUACUAUGACAAAGGAGAUUACAUUAUACGAGAGGGCGAAGAAGGAAGUACCUUUUUCAUUUUAGCCAAAGGAACGGUAAAAGUCACCCAGAGUACAGAGGGCCAUGAUCAGCCACAACUGAUAAAAACUCUGCAGAAAGGAGAAUACUUUGGAGAAAAAGCUCUUAUCAGUGAAGAUGUCAGAUCAGCUAACAUUAUUGCUGAGGAAAAUGAUGUCGCAUGCCUCGUUAUAGAUCGAGAAACAUUCAACCAAACAGUUGGGACUUUUGAAGAACUCCAAAAAUACCUUGAAGGCUAUGUGGCAAACCUGACCCGUGAUGAUGAAAAAAGACAUGCGAAGAGAUCCAUGUCUAACCAGAAGCUGUCCAAAGCACUCUCUCUGGAGAUGAUUCAGCUGAAGGAGAAGGUGGCCAGAUUUUCCUCUUCAUCCCCAUUCCAGAACCUUGAGAUUAUUGCAACACUGGGCGUUGGUGGGUUCGGAAGAGUUGAGCUUGUUAAAGUAAAAAAUGAGAACGUUGCUUUUGCUAUGAAAUGUAUCAAGAAGAAGCACAUUGUUGAUACUAAGCAACAGGAGCACGUCUACUCAGAAAAGAGGAUCCUGGAAGAGUUGUGUUCUCCCUUCAUUGUGAAAUUGUAUCGUACUUUCAAGGACAAUAAGUAUGUAUACAUGCUUCUGGAAGCCUGCUUAGGUGGGGAGCUGUGGAGUAUAUUAAGAGACAGAGGCAGCUUUGAUGAACCCACCUCCAAGUUCUGUGUCGCUUGUGUGACUGAAGCAUUUGAUUACCUGCAUCGACUAGGUAUUAUCUACAGAGAUCUGAAGCCAGAAAACUUAAUUCUAGAUGCUGAGGGCUAUCUGAAAUUGGUUGACUUUGGAUUUGCUAAGAAAAUAGGAUCUGGACAGAAAACGUGGACAUUCUGUGGGACCCCAGAGUAUGUAGCUCCAGAAGUCAUUCUCAACAAAGGCCAUGACUUCAGUGUGGAUUUUUGGUCCCUGGGAAUCCUAGUUUAUGAGCUCCUAACGGGCAACCCACCCUUUUCUGGGAUUGACCAAAUGAUGACCUACAAUUUGAUUCUCAAAGGAAUUGAAAAAAUGGAUUUUCCCAGAAAAAUAACAAGACGACCAGAGGAUUUGAUUAGGAGACUUUGCAGGCAAAACCCAACAGAAAGGCUGGGAAAUCUGAAGAAUGGAAUCCAUGACAUUAAGAAACACAGGUGGUUAAAUGGUUUUAAUUGGGAGGGACUGAAGGCUCGGAACCUUCCAUCACCUUUACGAAGAGAGCUCAGUGGACCCACAGAUCACAGCUACUUUGACAAGUAUCCUCCUGAAAAGGGAGUGCCUCCAGAUGAGCUGUCAGGCUGGGAUAAAGACUUCUGACAGAAGGAAAAAAAAGAUGAAGACUGCCUGUCUACUACAGAAGAGGACUGGGAGCACCAAUAAUCCAGGACUGAUGAUUUCUCUCUUUGGAGUAUUAGUAUAUCUUUUGGGAGACCACUGGGAAAAGAAAUCCCUUCCCAUGAGCUGGGGUGGAUGAUAGUAGGUACAGAGGUGGUUCUGAAUUAUAAUGUCUUAUUUAGAUGCUGUGAGUUAUUCAUGUAUCUGUUUUUUUGUUUUUCUCAAGUGUUGAAGGCUAUUCUAUUCUCUUCACAGUCAGAACCAUUUUUGUAGAAGGGGUGCAGUGUUCUCUGCAAUCUAUUGCCCUAUCCCCCUCAUAUCCCUCUCCUUGGAGUCCUAAUAAGGUUUCAUAGUGUCUUGCCCUUGAACAACUCAGUCAUGCAAAUGGUUUCAAGAAGAAGGGUGAAUUUUGGAAGAUUUCACCUGCUCUCAACAACUCCAUGUAAGCAUUAUGGCAUCUAAAAUUAGCAGUUUGCAGAAAUCUUGGGAGUCAAAAGAGGCUGUUGACUUUUACUUGCAUUCAACUUAGAAAUGGGUUAAUGUGCUUCUGAUGUUAGUCUGGGGAAAGGGAAUUAGUCUGCAACUCCCUAAAAUAAAUGACUUCAUUAAUCCAACAAGGUAAAUAUAUUCUAUUGAAGAACUUAAAAAAUAAACAAAGCAAAAAGUACUUUUUGUUCUCCUGUGACCAACUCUGAUAACUUGGAGACUUUUCAAAGCUUUGUUAAAGGUGGUUUUAAUGUACAGUUGUGUAAUGGGCUUUUGAAAAGGUUUUAUCUUAUAGAUUAAGUAUUUUACAAUCAAAGUAGAAAUCAUGCAGGAAGAAAAUUGUGAAGGCUUUUCCUUCCCAUUAAAUGUUAAGGAGAGUAAAGUCUGAUAGGUAAGGUUGCUGACUUGGAAACUCUGAGAUAUUUUGUCCUCUCCUGUGAUUGUUGCUAUUAAUAAACCAAGAGUAAAGAUUAAGCACAGUUAAUAUUUAAUGAAGAUCCCAUUGGUAAAUGUUGAUGCACUGUAAUCACUGUAGACAUUAGAUUGUUAUGGCAGGCAAGGUGCUAGAGAAUGUUGGGACUUUAGAAGAGAAAGGGUCAUCUAGCAUCUGCCCUCCUCCUGUCUCCUCCACACAGUCUUCCAAAUAACCAAUAGAGUAGUUUAAUAGCUUGGGCUGGCAGGACCCAAGAACUGUACUAGGAAAUGUCUCUGUGUAUCAGCCAGGAUCACUUCCUCAUCCUCCUUUCAAAACAGAUAGGAAGCAGACUUUCUCUGUAUCUUUUUUACCUGGGAGAGUAAAAAUACCAUUAAGUUAGUACACUAUUCAAACUUCUGGCUAUAUUUUCAUAUCCAAAUUUCCUAUGGGACCAGCAUCUUCUACCCACACCCCACCCAUAUUUUCUCCAUUCAGAGAGAGUCAGCUGCAUGCUUCCUAAAGGGUUAAACCAGAUGAGAGAAGCCCCACACAAGAAGGUGCAUCCUUAGCAAAUUGAAUUUCCACAUUUAGAAUCCUUUUGCUGAACCAAAGAAAUUUUGUUUCCUGGAGUAGUAUUUUUAAAGAUUAUGUAUUGUACAUAGAAAAAAACAUUUUUAAUAGGAUAAACAUAACCUGCUUAAUGAAUUUCUAAGAUUUUUAAAAGAUUUUUAUUUGCAUUUGGUUUGUAAGCACUGUAUGUUUUUCCAUGUAUAUAUUUUUAAAUUACUCACCAAAAUGUAGGUAAUUUAUGUAUUGGGUCGAUAUUAAAAUUGUACAGUUAUAAUAGCAAUGAUAUUCUUAAAAGAGAUCAAGAAUUGUAAUUCAAGAAAGACUUGCAUAUAUACAAAUAAAAACUAACUUAGUUUA